AUGGCGGCGUCCGUGAGCGCGGGCGUGACGGGCCGGCGCUGGCGCCGGGGGCGCGGGCAGCACGGACGCGGGGGCCGCCGCCGACGGGGGGGCGGCCCGGAGGGAGCCCUGAAGCGGCUGAAGCUAGCGGUGGAGGAGUUCGUGCAGGCGACCUCCGAGGGUGAGACCCCCGGCGGCCCCGCGGCGCCCCGGGCGGAGGGGCGCGUGCGGCGGGGCGGGAGGAAGAGCCGCAGGGAGCUGAGGAAGGAGAAGCGGCACCUGAGGAAGGCGCGCCGGCUGCAGAGGCCUGCGGGCCGCGAGCAGGGCCCGGGAGGCGGCGGCGCGGGAGCCGGGGGGGCGAGCGGCCCCCGGGCGGAGGGGUCGGCGGGGGAGGGCGGCCGGCGGGCCCCUCGUCGGGCCCCGGCGCCCCCGGAGCGGCCGCGACCUCCGCCGGCCACGGGCGCCCGGGCCGGCCCCGAGGCCAGGGGUCUCCCCGGGAGGCCCGGGCCCCCCAGCGCCGCCGCCGCCGCCCGGAAACGGGCCCUUCUGGCGGCCAACGAGGAGGAGGACCGGGAGAUCCGAAAGCUGGAGCGGCGCCUCGGCUUGAACAAGCGCCGGAGGAAGGGCGACGCUGGCUCCGUGCCGCGCAGCUUUGCUCGCGACGGGCUCGACUACGUUCUGGGGGCCCUGGGCUCUGGGAGACCCAGCGGCUCGGACGGAGGCGGUAGUGACGACGAGGAGGACGCCGGAGAGACUGUCCCCGAAAGUGACUUGGAGAGCGACACCGAGGGGGAGGGGGAGGAGGAGGAGGAGGAGGAAGAAGAAGAAGAAGAAGAAGAAGAAGAGGAGGAGGAGAACAAGGUGGAAGCGGGAGCGCAGAGUGAGGAGGCCGACGGGGAAGAGAAGAAGCCAAAAAAAGCGGCCGAAGGGAGAGCGAAGUCGGGAAGGGACAGAAAGAGAGUCCGUUUUGCAGAAGAAACGAGUGAGACUCCCUGUGAGGACGCGGACGCAGACGCAGCAGACCAGCAGAGGCUUUGUGGGAGCAACGGAAAGUACAUCCCGCCUCACGUGAGGCAGGCUGAGGAGACCGUGAGCGGUGAGAAAAAGGAGGCACUCGAAAGACUGAAGAGACACGUCCAAGGUCUCAUCAACAGGUUGAGCGAGCCGAGCGUGGCCUCCAUCAGCGGGCAGCUGGAGGAGCUGUACCUGGCCCACAGCAGGAAGGACAUGAACGACACGGUGACGGGCGUCCUGCUGAGCGCCUGCGCCCCGGGCGCAGCCAUGCCGGGCAGGCUAGUGAUGGAACAUGUGCUGCUGCUCAGCGUCCUCCACCACACCGUCGGCGUGGAGGUCGGGGCUCACUUUGUGGAGGCCGUGGUGAGGAGGUUUGACGCCGUUUACAAGAGCGGAGGCAAAGACGAGUGUGAAAACCUGUUCACCAUCAUCGCGCACUUGUAUAACUUCCACGUGGUGCAGUCGCUCCUCGUCUUUGACAUCCUGAAAAAACUCGUUGGGACUUUCACAGAAAAAGAUAUUGAACUCAUCCUGUUGAUGCUGAAAAACGUGGGCUUUUCGUUGAGAAAAGAUGAUGCGUUGUCACUUAAGGAACUGAUCAUGGAGGCCCAGGCCAAGGCCAGCGAGGCGGGUGGCAAGUUCCGCGACCAGACAAGGGUUCGGUUUAUGCUGGAGACCAUGCUAGCGCUGAGGAACAACGACCUGCGUAAGAUCCCCGGCUACGACCCGGAGCCCGUGGAGAAGCUGCGAAAGCUCCAGAGAGCCCUGGUGCGUGGCACCGGCUUGGGGACAGAGACUCAGCUCCGCGUCUCCUGGGACAGCAUCCUGAACGCGGAGCAGACCGGGCGCUGGUGGAUUGUGGGGUCUGCGUGGAGCGGGGCGCCUAUGAUUGAUAGCGGUCAGCAGAAGAUCCCGGAGAAGCAGCCGGCGGGGACGGUUAGCGGGAAGAUACUAGAACUCGCCAGGAAGCAGAGGAUGAACACCGAUGUCAGGAGAAAUGUGUUCUGUACAAUAAUGACGAGUGAAGACUUUUUGGACGCGUUUGAAAAGCUUCUGAAGCUUGGGCUCAAGGACGAGCAGGAGAGGGAGAUCGCCCACGUUCUCCUGGAUUGCUGCCUUCAGGAGAAAAGCUUCAACCCCUUCUACGCGUUCCUGGCUGGCAAGUUCUGUGAGCACGAGAGGAAGUUCCAGAUGACUUUCCAGUUCAGCAUGUGGGAUAAAUUCCGGGACCUAGAAAACUUGCCAGCCACUAACUUCUCUAAUUUGGUUCACCUGGUGGCCCACUUGUUGAAGACAAAGUCACUUCCACUCUCCAUUUUAAAGGUAGUUGAAUUCAGUGAAUUAGAUAAACCCAGAGUCCACUUUUUACGGAAAGUGCUGUAUAUGCUGUUGAUGGAAACUGAAGUUGAAGACCUUGCUUCAAUUUUUGCAAGGGUGGCCGACAGCCCGAAGCUGGGCGUGCUGAGAGAGGGCCUGAAGCUCUUCAUCAGCCACUUCCUGUUGAAGCGCGAGCAGGCGCACACGAGUGCGGAGGAGGCCGGCGUGCUGAGAGAGAGGGCCGAUGUCGCCACCAAGUGUUUGCAAGGCAAGGCUUCCCUGCGAAUGUAGUCUGCAGAGGGACAGCACGUGAGUGGUCAUCUGUCUGAAAACAUCCUUUUCAAACCCACGAGGCUCGAUUUUCCGCUGACCAUGUGUAAACGCCUCACGGGCCUAUGCCACGGCUUGCUGUAUUUAAGAUACUGUAUUUUAGAUGAUGUUUUAAUUUAAGGUUAUGCUGUAUUUAUGUAUUCAUCUGUUUUCACGUAUCUGUGUACGUGGUGGAGUUGGGAGAAGACGGGGAGGGAAGUUCAGACAGACCCUGGACGUGUUCUCCCGAGCCGAGAGACUGCCUCGGGGGCGGGUUGGCGUGUGUGGGGGCGCUGGUCGUCUUUAAUAGACAAAGCAGGCCACUAGGGGGCACAGUUACAAAGAAGUUGAUGCGUUUUUUAAUCUUUUUUAAUAUAUUGGUUAAAAGUUCACGAACCGUCAGUCAGGUGUGGUACCUGAUAUGUAACUGAAUGUGUCGAGUGUCGGGAAUGGAAACCUGGGAACGUCAGCAGCUGACCUGAGCCUUGCAGAGGCCUGCCCGGCAAGGUGCGUGGAGCCGCCCUCCAGCACUGGCCUAAAACUGGGACACGGUGGAGGACACCCUUCCUGUUUGCGUCUGUCACUUACACUCAUCAGCUCCAGAUUGUAAAGCGCUUCGCCAACCAGCUUGACGUCAGCAGGUAGCGGACACUUCCCCGGUGCGGCCGCCGAGCCUGUCCCAGGAGGGGCGUUGUGUGAGGAAGGGGCGUCUCGCAGCGAGACGCAGCCCUGCUUGUGCGGCGAGCUGCGGCUGAUUCUGUGCAGGGGUGCGUGUCCCCCCGGCCGGCAAGUGUCUGUCGUCUCUGCAGCUCCUCGGACCUGCUCCUCUGUCGUAAAUGCUGCAGACCUGACUUACGUGUCACUUUCGGUUGUUGAAAAGUCCUCAAAAUGAGUUUAUAUGUUAGUAUUUUCUACACACUAAACGCACGCAUCUGCUGUCCGUCAGAGUGGUCCCCCUGGGAAGCGGCACUGGCCUGAGUGCAGCCUCGCUCCUGUGCAAACCGCCUCUUGUCACAGACUUUCACGUGACGCGACAGCGGUUGGUGCCUAGAAACCACCCAUGGGAAGUGCUGAGUCUCCGUGGGCGUCCCUCACCACAGGUGUCAGUUUUGUAAUGUGUCAGGGGCCUGGGACACUCGGUGCCGUCUGGCCCUUCUCGUGCUUGUUAACCCCACGGCCAGGAGCCACCCCGGUCCUGAACUUGCACGACAGAGAAAAGCCUGUGUCAGCGCGCCCAGAGCCUCCCCUCUGUCAAGGGCCCUUCGCAGAACGUGCUGGGCGGUGAUCAGGCCGGACGGGCCAGUGCUUCUCGUGCCCGACCCGUCUGCGCGCAGCUGCCUGUGUCCAGAAUGUCCUGCUUUGGAGAAAAACGUGUGCCUCGAACUAAACCGUGAGCUUAACGACCCAGUCAGCCUACAUUCCAGAGCCCACUCCUUCCUGUCUCCCCGGGUCGCCCGUAACUGACCGGAGCCCAUUCUCUGUGAGGACAACUGCUGAGACCGAGAGAAACUUCCAUGCAGCGCAAUGGUCCCCCCACAUCCAUGACACGCGCACCAGACCCCGGAGGUGUGGACAAGCCCAGGCUGCCGCUUCCUAGGAGAUAAACUCGUGCGAGCCGUGUCCCACUUUUACGUUGUCCUGUAUUAUUACAACAGCAGGAGUGACUAUGUUGGUGACUUAAUUCCUAAUGGCCGAGUUGUCCCAUUUGUUACAUGCCAACUUUUCCGCAAAUCCGUCCUCUUUAAGUGUAAGCGCCCCUUUUAACACAGUAUCAUGGGUUAUCACGUGUCCGUGUGCUUUACGUAAAUAUAUCUUGACCAAAGCUAUUGUGAUUUCAGAUUUGCUUUUAAAUACAUAGGUUUUUAAAAUGCACUAUGAUAAUCUGCAUCUGAAAAAUACUGCAGUCAGUGCUGGGUGUCUGUGAGUUCUUGUGAUGCAGGUUGAGAACUGCUAUCGUAUUGACGGGAUUUAUGAAAAGGUGUCUUUUAAGGAGUUUUUUUUUUUUUUUUUUAACAAUCUCUACAUCCAACCUGAGGCUUGAACUCACAACCCCAGGAUCAAGAGCUGCCUGCUCUGCUGAUUGAGCCAGUCAGGCGUGCAUAUGGGAUUUCAUCUCCAAAAUAGAGACCUAAGGGACAAACUUUUUAACAUGUUAAAAUGUACAAAUAAAAAUAUUUUUUAUAUAUA